AUGGGUGCGCAAAAGCGCAAGGAAGGCCCGGGCGGCGCCCCAGUCAACAAAUCAACACAAUCAGCCUCCGAAUCGCGACCGUCAAAGAGACCAAAGUCCAACGAUGCCGGCAGCAAGGCGGGCGCAAAGACGGGCAAGCAGGGCAACAAGCCGGCUCCCAAGUCCGACAAGCCCGCUCCUCCUGCUCCUACCGCCCCGGCUAAAUCUACGCUGCUCAAGGAAGAGGAGCCAAUGUUCCCCAGAGGCGGCGCCAGCGUCCUGACGCCUCUCGAAUACAAGCAAAUCCAAGUCCAGGCCAAGAACGACGCCCUGUUCGAGGAGCAAUCCAGCAAGGCCACCGCCAAGAAGGCUGGUGAGAAGGAGGGCAAGCAGAAGAAGUCCAAGAAGAGGUCAAAGUCCGACGACACACCCGCGAAGCCCGAUGCGGACGCCGUCAAGGUUGAAAGUCUCAACUUCAAGCGUCUGGUAAAGGGCUCCUUGGUCCUUGGUUCCGUCUGCGCCAUCAACUCUCUCGACAUCGCCGUUGCUCUACCCAACAAUAUUAUCGGCCAUGUCCCCAUCACUGCGAUUUCCGCCCCCCUAACAAAACGCUUGGAGGCCAGCGCCGGUAACGACGAUGCCGAAGAGUCAGAAGACGAGAACGACAACGACGUUGACCUCGAAUCCCUCUUCCAGAUCGGCCAGUAUGUCCGCGCCUACGUUGUAUCCACGGUCGACGAGGCUUCUACACACACCCCUGGAAAGGCCAAGCGCCACAUCGAACUCUCCCUUCAACCUUCUCUCGCCAACACCGGUAUGGCGGAGCAAGACGUUGUUGUGAACAGCACAGUCAUGGCCGCCAUUGCCAGUGUGGAGGACCACGGUUAUGUCAUGGACAUCGAGAUCGCCGAUUCGAAGUUGCAAGGUUUCCUUGCUCGCAAGCAGGUCGACAAGAGCAUCCCCCAGGAGGCUCUGCAGCCAGGUGCCGUCCUCCUCUGUAUCGUCACCAAGAACGCCAAGGGCAAGGUCGUUCAGUUGUCCACAUUGGGUGAAACCAUGGGCAAUGUUGAGAACGUCCCUUCGACUGCUACCACCAUCGACACAUUCCUCCCCGGUACUGCCGCCGACGUGCUCGUGUCCGAGGUUUCCAGCCACGGCAUUGUUGGCAAGAUUAUGGGAUCGCUGGAUGUCACCGCUGAUCUGGUUCACUCUGGCGCUGGUCCGGAUGGCAUCGAUCUUGAAGACACAUACAAGGUCGGCUCUCGUCUGAAGGCCAGAGUCAUCUGCAACUUCCCUACUGCAAAGCACCCCAAGCUGGGUAUCUCUGCUCUCCCUCACUCGACGAUCGUGGAGAAGUGCACCGUUAAGCAGGUCGAGCCUGAGAUCGGUCUUUACGUCGAUGUCGGUGUCGAGGGCGUGUCUGGGUUUGUGCACAUCUCCCGCGUCAAGGAUGGCAAGGUUGAUGCCCUCUUCGAGAACAGCGGACCCUAUAAGGUGGGAUCUGUUCACGCUGGUAGGGUUGUCGGCUACAACGCCUUUGAUGGCAUGUAUCUCAUUUCCUUGGAGAAGAGUGUUCUCGAGCAGCCAUUCCUUCGCAUCGAGGACAUUCCUGUCGGUGCUGUUGUCUCUGGUGUGGUUGAAAAGAUGGUGGUCAACGCCGCCGGUGUUGGUGGCCUUAUUGUCAAGAUUGCUGACGGUAUCUCUGGCUUGGUCCCCGAGAUGCACUUCGCUGACGUUCACCUUCAAAACCCCGAGAAGAAGUUCAGGGAAGGCCUGAAGGUGAAGGCGCGUGUGCUCUCGACUGAUGCUGCCUCUCGCCAGAUCCGCCUUACUCUCAAGAAGACGCUCGUCAAUUCCGAUCUUCCUGCCAUCCAAUCGUAUGAGCAAAUUGCUGUUGGCCAACAGGCGCUCGGUACCAUCAUCAACGUCUUGCAGCACGGUGCGAUUGUGCAGUUCUAUGGCAGGCUCCGUGGUUUCUUGCCAGUCUCUGAGAUGAGCGAGGCCUACAUUCAGGACCCCAAGGAGCACUUCCGCGUUGGCCAGACUGUCAGCAUCUACGUCAUCAGCUUCGACCCCGAUGCCGCCAAGCUUAUUGUUUCUUGCAAGGACCCAUCUGCCUUUGGUCUUGAGAAGCAGUUGGCCCUCAAGAAGCUUCAGAUCGGUGAUGUGGUGUCGGCUAAGGUCACGCAGAAAACUGACGACGAUGUUUUUGUUGAGCUUGCCGAUAGCUCUCUCAAGGCCAUCCUCCCCGUCGCUCACUUGACGGACAAGUCGGUCAGCAAGACUCAGUCUGCCCUCAAGAAAAUUCACGUCAACCAGACUCUUGCCGAGUUGGUGAUCUUGGAAAAGAACGAGGCUCGCCGUUCCAUCAUUCUCUCCCAGAAGCCCAGCCUUGUCAAGGCUAGCAAGGAAGGCAAGUUCCUUACUACCCUUGAUGGUGCUCGCGUCGGAGAUGAGGUUUCUGGUUAUGUUCGCAACAUCACUGCUACGGCUGUCUUUGUCCAGUUCGGUGGCAAGUUGACCGCCUUGCUUCCCAAGUCUAUGAUUCCCCGCGAGGAGCAGGACAAACCCGACUUUGGCAUGUUCAAGUCUCAGUCUGUUACUGUCAAGAUCACUUCGGUUAACACCGAGCUUAAUCGCCUGGUUGUUGCUAUCCCCGGUGCUGCGGAGCAGGUUAAGAAGGUCGAGACCAAGGGCGAGAAGGUCGCUAACCCCGUGGAUGAAUCCAUCACCACUUUGGAUGAUAUUUCCAUUGGCAAGCUGACCAAGGCUCGCAUUGUGUCCGUUAAGGACACCCAGCUCAACGUUCAGCUCGCUGAUAACAUUCAGGGUCGUAUUGAUGUUUCUCAGGUGUACGACAGCUGGGAGCAGAUCAAGGAUACCAAGAAGCCGUUGAAGAAAUUCCAGCCCAAUCAGGUCGUCCCUGUCCGCGUGUUGGGCGUCCAUGACGCUCGCAACCACCGCUUCCUGCCCAUUUCCCACCGAUCCAGCCACUCCGUCCUCGAACUGUCCGCGAAGCCCAGCGAUGUCAAGGAGGGCGCCUCUUCCGAGCCGCUGUCUUUCGACAACCUCAAGGUUGGUUCUAGCUACGUGGGCUUCGUCAACAAUGUUGGCCAAGGCCACCUUUGGGUCAACCUUUCCCCCACUGUUCGCGGCAGAGUUAAUGCCAUGGAGGCCUCUGACGAUGUCUCUUUAUUGACCAACCUUGCAAAGAACUUCCCUAUUGGCUCGGCCCUCCGUGUCCGCGUCGUCUCUGUGGAUGCCGAAUCCAAGCGCCUCGAUCUCUCUGCCAGAUCUCCUGGUUCCGAGGACGAGUUGACUUGGGACAAGAUCGCGCAGGAUGUCAUCCUUGUCGGCAAGGUUACCAAGGUGGACGAACGUCAGGUCAUUGUCAAGCUUAGCGAGAGCCUGGCUGGUCCCGUUCAUAAGAUUGACCUUGUCGAUGACUACGAAGAGGCCAACCCUGCCAAGUUUGCCAAGAACGAGAUCGUCCGUGUUGCUGUCGUCGAAGUUGACAAGAGCAACAAGAGGAUACGUCUGUCUACUAGACCUUCUCGCAUCCUCAACUCUUCGCUUCCGGUCAAGGAUAAGGAGAUCACUCAGAACACCAAGCUCGAAGUUGGCGACAUUAUCCGUGGUUUCGUCAAGAACGUCUCUGACAAGGGUCUCUUCGUCACUCUCGGUGGCAAUGUCACCGCCUUCGUCCAGAUCAAGAAUCUUUCCGAUGCUUACCUCAAGUACUGGAAGGAGCAGUUUCAGGUUGAUCAGCUCGUCAAGGGGCGCAUCAUCUCUGUUGCCAACGGCCGUAUCGAGAUGAGCUUGAAGCCCUCUGUUGUCGACAAGGACUACGUUCCUCUCACCACCAUCUCCGACCUAAAGGAAGGCCAGACCAUUACUGGUCGCGUCCGCAAGGUCGAGGAGUUUGGUGCCUUCAUCGACAUCGAUGGCUCCGCCAACCUCUCUGGCCUGUGCCAUCGCAGCGAGAUGUCUGACAAGACCGUCAAGGAUGCUCGUAAGCUGUAUGAGGAAGGUGACAAGGUCAAGGCCAAGGUCCUGAAGGUGGACGUAACUGCCAAGAGAAUCAACCUUAGCUUGAAGCCAUCCUACUUCGGCGAGCAGGAUGAUGAGGAUGAGAUGGACGUUGAUGAGGAGGAUGCCGAGGACAGUGAGGGCGAUGACUCUGAUGAGGAUAUGAGCGACGCCGACGACGCCGUCCAGAUUACUGGUACCGACAACGUCGAGGACGAGUCCGAAGAUGAGGACGAGGCCAGCGAUGUCGAGAUGGUUGACGCUGAUGUCAAGGGUCUUGAGGCCGGUGGCUUCGACUGGUCUGCUUCUCUGGAGGAUGGCGAAAAGGCCGAUGCCUCUGCGGCGGAUCUUGAGGCCUUGGCCAAGAAGAAGAAGGCUCGCCGCGAGCCUCAGGUAACGGUCGAUAAGACUGCCUCGCUCGAUGUCGAUGGACCUCAAACCGCCAGCGACUACGAGCGUCUACUUCUUGGUCAGCCUAACUCCUCCCAGCUCUGGAUCGCCUACAUGGCCUUCCAAAUGCAGGUGAGCGAUCUGGCCGCUGCCAGACAAGUGGCUGAGCGUGCCAUCAAAACGAUCAACAUCAAGGAGGAGAUCGAGAAGCUGAACGUCUGGAUUGCCUAUCUCAACUUGGAGGUUGCUUAUGGCAAUGAGGAGACAGUCGACGAGGUGUUCAAGCGGGCUUGCACAUACAACGACAAGCAGGAGGUCCAUGAGCGUCUGGCCAGUAUCUACAUCCAAUCUGGCAAGCGCAAACAAGCCGAUGACCUCUUCGAGAAGAUCGUCAAGGAGUUCGGCUACAAGUCCCCCGAAGUCUGGGUCAACUACGCUCACUUCCUGCACACCACCGCGCACUCGCCCGACCGCGCCCGCGCCCUCCUCAAGCGCGCCACCCAGGUGCUCGGCAAGGAGACGCACAUGUACCUCGCCCUUCUGCCCAAGUUCGCCGCGCUUGAGUUCCGCUCGCCCAACGGCGACAAGGAGCAGGGCCGCACCCUCUUCGAGAACCUGCUGGCCACCUACCCCAAGAAGUUCGACCUGUGGAACCAGCUCAUCGACCUCGAGACCUCGGCGGCCGACGCCGACAAGGGCGUUAUCCGCGACCUGUUUGAUCGCGGUAGCAAGGUCAAGGGCCUCAAGCCCCGCCAGGCCAAGGCUUGGUUCAGGAGGUGGGCCCAGUGGGAGGAGAAGAACGGUGAUAAGAAGAGCAGGGAGAGAGUCAGCGCCAAGGCACAGGAGUGGGCGAGGACGGCGGCUGAGAAGAAGAAGACUGCUGCUGCUUCUGCGGCCCAGGAGGAGGAGAGUGGAGAUGAGGAGUAGAUGUGAUGAGAUGAUAUCCCUCUUAGGGUUGGUUGUUUGGUUCGAAAUAAGCUGUUAUACCUACCGGGAAGCAGAAGAAGACGGGUUGGGAUUCUGCCGCCACCCCAGCCGCCCGUCCACGUUUUAUAGAGAGGCAAGAAAAAAGGAGAGCAUGCCCAGGCGCCUUUGUAGUAACUUUUGUAUAUAGGGUUCGGUUUCCUGUUGUUAUCAAAAAGCCUGAUGUUUGAAUAUUUC